AUGGACAAGGCCCUCCUGCUGGGACUCCCUGUCCUCCUCUGCUGCUUUAGAGGUAAGUCCCUCGGGUUGACCAUUGGAGAGAUGUGUCUGCUCUCACUUCUAUUUCCCUCCUCUCUGGCCCAAAUUAUAGAAAUUAUUCAGUGUAGGACGUGCCACAUCCAGUUUCCAGGAGAGAAGUGUUCCAGAGGCAGAGGAGUAUGUACUGCAACAGCGAAUGAGGCUUGCACAAUUGGGAAGAUUUUCAAAAAUGAUGGUACUCUCUGGUUAACCUUCCUGGGCUGCCUAAGGAGCUGUGCUAAUGUGAACAACAUAAAAUGGAGUACCUAUUUUGUGAACCUCAGGUGUUGCAGAAGCAAUGACUUGUGCAAUGAUCUUGGGGAUGUUUGA